GACGCACGCGCCGGUCCUUGCCGUCGCCGCCGGCUCAGCGGGGUGAGAGCGAGCCGCCGCGGGCGACCGGAGGGGGCAUGCGCACACCUGUUCCACGGAGGCCUCCCGGGAACUUUGAAAAGGCCAAGUACCUGGCCCAAAUCAUUGUGAUGGGCGCACAGGUGGUAGGCAGAGCCUUUGCUCGGGCCCUGCGGCAGGAGUUUGCAGCCAGCCGAGCCGCAGCUGAUGCCCGGGGACGAGCUGGGCACCAGUCUGCAGCUGCAUCCAACCUCUCUGGCCUCAGUCUUCAGGAGGCCCAGCAGAUUCUCAACGUCUCCAAACUGAGUCCUGAGGAGGUCCAGAAGAACUAUGAACAUCUAUUUAAGGUGAAUGAUAAAUCCGUGGGCGGCUCCUUCUACCUACAGUCCAAGGUUGUCCGGGCAAAGGAGCGCCUGGAUGAGGAACUCAGAAUCCAGGCCCAGGAGGAGAAAGAGAAAGAGCAGGUGCCCAGAACGUGACCGUGCAGCUCUCCUCUCCCUGCCACCUCUUAACUUAUAGCUUGAUGGAAACCCAUUACCAUCCCACAGGUCUUUUCCUGCCCCACCCUCAGGAUGAAAGCCCCUGGCCCAGGCUUCGAUAUGAUGUUUUUGGUGAGCUGGGCAGAAUGCUUCCGUUCAUGACUGAGGGAGAACCUUGGCCAGCCUAUCCCUGGACCAAGGCAUGGCUCACCAGUCAUAGCAGGUUAGGGACCUGAACCUUGUAAUGCUUACUCCAGAAUCUUCCAUCUCUGCUCCUCAGAACCCGACCCUCAUGCUUCUUUCCUUCCAGUUCCCGGCUGGCUGACCUGCUUUCAGCCUCACAUUGAGGCUGGCACCUAAAGGCUGAAGAGAAACCCCAGAUCAGGGGCUUUAGGUAAUAUUGUUGGGAGACCCCAAAGCUGAGCACAGAGCCAGACAGUCUAAGGUCAGCCCCGUUCCUAGCAUGUUCAUGACACAGAAACCAUCUUUGCAACUCACUUUUAUUGUUUCUUUAUAAACUUCCUCUCACAUGGAGGAAUAUAUUGUUAUAGUCAUUAGCUUAUCUCUUUUUUAAACUCUAUGCUAACAGCAAUGGAGCCAAGAGGAGGAAAAACAUAAGCUACAAUAGAAAGGCACUUAGAACCUGUUAAAAUACUGAUAUCCUGGAAUGUGCAACAAUAAACCAACAACAACGAAAAGUA